UGACGCAGAAGGUAGCUAGGAGAACAGAGAAACAGCAACAAACAAUGAGCGGAUACACAGUGUUGGCAGUUAUGGUGGUGACGAUGGUGCUGGGCGCCGUGUUCUGGAGAGUGGCGCCGAAGGAGGACCGCACGGUGUGGAGAAGCACUGUCUCGUUGGUGCUGGCGAUGAUGUUCCUCAUGUGGGCGUUCACGUACCUGUGCCAGCUGCACCCGUUGGUGGCGCCUAGGAGAUCGGACCUCAGACCCGAGUACGCCGAGUAGGGACGCUGCAAGACGGCCGCAACGCCGUCUGGCGACGCCCCCAGGCGUCGCCGUCUAUAGCGAAUGUGCAACCUCUACACUAAUACAGUACAGUAACC